GGAAGCAUAUUUAAGAAGUUCGAGUAAAAAUGACAUCAUUCUUCAACGUCGGUGCCCUCGGGGGUAACCCGUUUUCGACGCCCGUUGGGCAGAAAAUAGAACAAGCGACAGAUGCUAGUCUGGCCUCGGAAAACUGGGCACUAAACAUGGAAAUCUGUGAUAUGAUCAACGAAUCGUCGGACGGUGCCCGGGACGCGAUGAAAGCGAUCCGCAAACGGUUGGCACAGAACGCGGGCAAGAACUAUACCGUCAUCAUGUACACGCUAACCGUGCUGGAAACAUGCGUAAAAAACUGCGGCAAAGCGUUCCACGUGCUGGUUGCGAACAAAGAAUUCAUCCAGGAGCUGGUGAAGCUGAUCGGACCGAAGAACGAUCCACCACCGAUCGUGCAGGAGAAGGUGCUGAGCUUGAUACAGAUCUGGGCGGAUGCGUUCCGCUCGCAACCCGACCUGAACGGUGUGGUGCAGGUGUACCAGGAGCUAAAGAACAAGGGCAUCGAAUUUCCGGCCACGGAUCUGGAUGCGAUCGCACCGAUUUACACACCGCAAAGGAGCGUUCCUGAUGGAGCACCGGCGACGGAAAACGUUGCCACGCUUCCGGUUUCACCACAUCAUCAUGCGUCGCAGACGCCUGGAUCGCCAGCAAUGCCUCCGCCGUCAUCGAUGUCACAGGAUCAGAUCGCUAAAUUGCAAUCGGAGCUUGACAUCGUUGCCAUGAACAUGUCCAUCCUCGGGGAGAUGCUAACCGAGCUCAAGCCAGGACAGGAAGAUACCGCAGAUUACAAGCUGUUAACCGAUCUUACUUCAACGUGCCGGGAAAUGCAAAGCCGAAUCGUCGAUCUGAUUGGCAAGGUACAGCACGACGAACUUACCGCCGAACUGCUACGGCUGAACGAUGAGCUAAACAACCUAUUUCUACGACACGCACGGUACGAGAAAAAUCGCGACCCGAAGAACGCUUCCAGUGCGACACCAUCCGCCAUCCUUGGGGCGGCUCUCGGGGCGGUCGAAAUGCGCGAUCCAUCAUUGAUUGAUCUGAGCGAGGAAUCGGCCGGUGCUACUGGUGGGGCUGCUGCUGCACAUGCUAACGUUAGCACACAGCUGGCCGGUCUCAGUUUGGCGGCGGCCGGUUCAACGGCAACUGCAUCGUCCCAGCUAGCGCAGCUAACGAGCGUUACCGCACAGUCCGGUUCGGCGUUGGUAGCGAAAUCACCGAACAGAACGACCGCCAGCAAGGGAGGAAACAGCAACAUUCCACCGGACGUUGUAUCGGACGAGUUCGAUAUGUUCGCCCAAUCGAGAAACACCACCGGUGAUAAAGAACCUUCCAGAUUAGAUCUUUUGGGAGCGACUGCAGGCAACAACACAGCAUUGGGCACGAGGGAAUCGGAAUUUGACGAGAUUGAACAGUGGCUGGGCAAUCCGGACGAUAUAGAUCACCUCGAGGCGCAAAUGGCAGCCGCCGGAGCGAUGGGCGGCGACGGUGGUCCCGGUGCCGGUACGGAGGAAAGCUUAACGAGCAAGGAGUUUGAAAAGUUUCUCGCCGAACGGGCGGCCGUCGCCGAAACCCUGCCGACGAUUAGCAGCAGCAGUAACAGCCCAGCAACGACGGCCAAAGAUCGAAAGAAAAAGUCCGACGAAACCGAUGGUCUGUUAGCGCUGUGAGGUGUAAUGUGU